UGUCUACAGAAAGUCCACAUGGACGGGACAGUACCUAAAUUAUCAUAGUUUCUGUCCACUACAGUAUAAGAAGGCGUUGGUUAAAUGUUUGUUUAAGCGCAUUCACCGUAUAUGUACUGCCGAUACAAUUGAAGAAGAAAGACAACACCUCACUGAAAUAUUGUUAGACAACAAUUACCCACUGAGAUUUAUUAGACGUUACGGAAGUGUCAACCAUAGAGCUUUACCAAUCCAAUCAGCUCCCAAAAAGGAUGUUUACAUAUCCUUACCGUUCAGAGGUGAUCAACAAAGUUUAGUCACUAGACAAAGACUAAAGGCCGCAAUCAAUAGAACCUAUUAUGCAGCUAAACUUAUCUUCAUAGAGAAAACGAGGACUAUGCUGUUCUGUAAACCCUCACAUCAUCCGAACGAUAGUGUCACAUCCCACUGUGUUUAUCAAUUUACAUGUAUGUGUGGAGACACGUACAUAGGGAGGACCCAUCGGUCUCUGCAGGUUAGGGCUACAGAACACAUUCCAAAGUGGCUGCAGCAACAAAUGAAAUCACCAGACACAAUUGAACCCGGAAAUAGAUGUCCAACAUCAUCUAUAGCCAAGCAUAUUAUAGAGACGGGUCAUAAGGUUGAUUUCAACAGUGCCUUUAAGCCGAUAUAUAAAACGAGGUUGGGCCACAUACUUAAAUUCAUUGAAGCCUUAGCCAUAAAAAGACUUAAACCUGUCUUAUGUGUCCAAAAAUUAUUUGUUAUCACCUUAAACCUGCCUUGGUAAUUCAAUUUAGAACCAAGGACUAAUUUACUUCCUAAUAUUUUCAACCCCUUCUUUGCCUUGUUUUUUUCUCCUUUUAUCUUUCUUACCCACACCUUUUGUGUCUCCCUACCCAUUAUUUGUGACCUUGACCUGUAUACAAUCUGACCUGUAUUGUAAUUAUUCAUGCCUUCUUGCAUUAUAUAAAAACUGUGUAUGACAAGUACGUGUGUGAUCAGAAUGUCCGAAAUGUGUUGCGCCAAUACAUUACACGUUUCAGAUAAACUACGUCUUCUUAUUGUGUUGUCGAAAUUCAUAAAGGGAACUAAUUGCUUUAAA